UUCUCUAAGGGCCCACAUAAAGUCUAGGUGAAUUUUUCAACAUUACGACGUUAGUAUCAAGAAUCCAUAGAUAUUUAGAUUGAGGCAGUAGUUUUCGCAAAAUUUAGGUAACGGUGUGAGUUAAUUCAGUCUACGAAAGUCCAGUGAUUUGUCCAAAUGGAUGAAACUCCGGAAAAAGCCGAUGAACCUAUGCUAUCGAUAGAGAAGCGGCGCUCUCAGUUGGCUGAUGUAUCUGAAGUAAUAGGUUCGUUUGGUAAAUACCACUUCCUCUUAAUGGUCGUUAAUAUUCUUCGCGCUGUUCCCAUUGGAUGGACGUUAACGUCCGUCGAUUUUUUGGCUGGUGACAUCGACCACACUUGCGCUCCUCCACCAGAAUAUAAAAGUGAAGCUUGGCUCACAGAGGGUCUUCUUCCUAAUGAUGUUUGCUCCAGGUAUUACUGGGAUUCUGAGGGAAUAAAUUCGUCAAUCGUCUUACCUUGUACCAAGUGGAUUUAUAAUCUAAGCCAGCCCUCUAGUGCUGUCGUAGAGUGGGAUCUUGUCUGCAACCGGUCAUGGAUGAGGUCUCUAAUUCAAAGUGUGGUCUUUGUUGGACAACUCUGUGGAGCACUCCUCUUCGGAAAACUUGGAGACAGAUAUGGCCGUCUGAUAAUGUUCGAUGUGGCUGCUGUAACCAUGUGUAUCUUUGGAAUAAUUGGAACCUUUGCACCCUACAUAGAAGUGUUCAAUAUUGUUCGGUUUGCCCAGGCCAUGAGCACGGCCGGGCUUCAAAUGCUCUCAGCUGCCUUAUAUUCGGAGGUUGCCCUACCGGCUGACCGAAACUAUCUGCAUCUUGGUAUGACCUUGGGCUUAGGAGUGACCCAGGUUUUGCUUCCCAGUAUGGCCAAGUGGCUCGAUAACUGGAGAUACGUCCAACUAGCUACAGGACUCAGUGCUGCUUUUUUAAUACCGUUCCUAUUCUUCAUGUACGAGUCACCCAGGUGGUUACUGGCUAUGGGCAAACAGGACGAAGCACAGCGUGCGCUUGAGGGCAUCUUUCGCUUCAACGGGCGGACAAUCCCUGACAUGACAAAGACGAUGCCCAUCUUAGCACAAAAAGCGUCACGGAAUCGUUCAAGCAGUAGUAUUAAAGAUCUAAGGCCAUAUCGCAAUCUUCGAAUAAAUAUUUUCAUCAUGUUUAUUUUGUGGUCGGUGAGUAACACAACGUUGUUUGGGAUUAUAUACCUCUCAACGAAACUCGGCGGAGAUCGGUUCUUCAACUUUACGGCUGCUGCUUGCGCUGAAGUGCCCGCCGGAUUUACCGGCCUCUACGUUAUUUGGAAGUUUCGCCGUAGAAACUCGUUAACUGCCCUCAUGGCAAUUUGCUCUGCUGCCCUGAUUACCACUGCAAUUUUGCCCUUCGAGUUGAUUUACGCUCGUGUUGCAAUGACGUUUGUUGCACGUUUCUGCAUCAUAAUUAUUACGGCAGUGAUGUGGGUGUUUACAAUGGAGCUUUUGCCCACAGCCGUUCGGGGCUUCGGGCUUUCACUGUGUUUCUUUGUUGGUCGGAGUAGCGCCUCGUUUGCGCCCUUCCUCAGAGACCUCGCUGACAUCUACAACCCAGCUCCGUUCCUCGUACUGGCACUCUUAACUGCUCUUAGCGGUCCCUUAAUUCGGAUAGCUCCCGAAACUCUGGGGCGACCGCUUCCUGACACUCUGCUCGAGGCGGAUCAGAUAGGACAGAGGAAGAGAACUGUGAACGAUGUCUAGAGCGCAGUGCCUGCAACCCUGUAUACUGAGAUUUCAGGCGAUACUUGGCAAGUGUAAAAUAUUUUGGCCUGAUACGGGCGGGCAGCCUUCACGAACGUCAAUAUCAUGGAUGAAGCGCCAAAACGUUCCUGCUUCACAGAAUAGAUAAUUACAGCACUUCGUAAAACGCCAUAAUGUGUAUAUGGAAGAAUACGUAAUAAAAAAAAAAACAUUAAACAAAAUACAUUCGCACAAUAUGAAGCUGUUAUAUCCAAUCGUUUCUAUGUGAUAGGUAACUUCUAUCUCUUAUAUAUCACUCACAUCCAUACGUACAUAUA